AUGCCACCACGAAAAGUACAGAAGGCAGUGACCAAGAAAACCGUCCCCGGCGCAUCAAGAGACAGCGGGGUAAUGCCCGGCGACCCUAUCCCACAAAAAAAGCCAAGACGCUACCGCCCGGGGACCCUCGCGCUGCGCGAGAUCAGGCGCUACCAAAAGAGCACCGACCUGCUCAUGCGCAAGCUACCCUUUGCCCGCCUGGUACGUGAGGUCGCCCUCAACGUCCGCCCCGUCGACGAGGGCUUCAGGUGGCAGUCGCACGCCAUCUUGGCCCUGCAGGAGGCCGCCGAGGCCUUUCUGGUCAAGCUGUUUGAGGACACGAACCUGUGCGCCAUCCACGCCAAGCGCGUCACCAUCAUGCAAAAGGAUAUACAGCUUGCCAGGCGGAUACGCGCUGAUGGUUUGUGA